AUGGGGGCGAUUCCAGUGGUCCGCUUCCCGAUCUUCAGGGCAGUGAGAGUGAUAGGAGUGGUAGUGGCUGCUCUAGUGCUCAUCUGGACCAUACGUUUCCGCGGAGGAUUGGCUCUCAUCUCAGACAACAAAGAUCUCAUUUUCAAUGUCCAUCCUGUGUUGAUGGUGAUUGGACUGAUACUCUUAAAUGGAGAAGCCAUGCUAGCAUACAAGACAGUUUCAGGAACAAAAAGCUUCAAAAAACUUGUUCAUCUUACGCUACAAUUCCUUGCCUUUUGUUUAAGUAUUAUUGGCGUAUGGGCUGCUUUGAAGUUCCACAAUGAUAAGGGCAUUGACAAUUUCUACAGCCUGCAUUCAUGGUUGGGUCUAGCUUGCCUAUUCCUCUUCACCCUCCAGUGGGUUGCUGGUUUUGUAACAUAUUGGUACCCAGGCGGCUCAAAAAAUAGCAGAGCUACCUUACUGCCAUGGCAUGUGUUUGUUGGUAUUUAUACUUAUGCCCUUGCUGUUGUUACUGUAACUACGGGUAUUUUAGAAAAAGCCACAUUCCUUCAAACCAACCACAUAAUCUCACGCUAUUCAACUGAGGCUUUGCUGGUGAAUUCUCUCGGAAUAUUGGUCGUUGUGCUGGGAGGUUUUGUGAUUCUUGCUGUUAUUACUCCCACCAAUAAUAAUAGAGGCGACGUUCUCAGAGGAUCGAUAGAGUAA